AUGUCUUCUAAGGAUUCUCUUCUGAAAUCCUCUGCUAGCAGUCACCACAGCGAGAUCCACACCACUUCUUCCGGGGAGGAGAUUCUGGUAAACCAAGCUUCCGACGGGCUCGAGGAGAACCUCGCCCAGACUGAGGAAGUUACCAGUAGCUCCGCUCAAUCUCCCGGUGACCUAGGAAAGGAGGCCGACAGUUCGAGCCAGGGCCCCACCGCCCAAUCUUCCGCCAUCGACCUCGACUCUUAUACGCGCGGAGCCUGGAUGGGCUCCAACGUGACUCAGGCGGAGAUUGACUGGCUCUACCAGUCCCGAAGGAUACUGAAGAGGUUUGGUGCCACAUCCCUGGCGAGGAGCGUCAGCCCGAGCCUCAGCCGGAACUUAUCCCGGAUCCGCAGGGAGGAGCCAGCCUCCUACACCCCCAACCGGCGUUUCCAGGACGACUGUGACGCCGACCCCUACGUGAAGGGGAAACACAAGAUGGGCCUGACGCACAUCAAGCAUCCGGAUCUCCGCUCAGCCGGUGCGAACCCCCAGGUUGUGGAGCGCACGAUUCCCUUGGCGGCCGAGGUUGGCCAGGAGUUCCUGGACAACCUGGUCUCCCGGGGGCGGAAGAACAAGGCUCCGGCCCCUGAGGCCGGCCCCAGUGAAGCUCCCCUGCCAAGCACCUCAAGAAGAAGAGCGGCGAUAGGUCCUAUGGCAGGAAGCGCCGGCACGAGAUUCCGGUCGCUGCUGGAUAACUUCCGGCCUCCCCUGAGCCUCACCCGGAGUGCACCGGGAAUGAGGCCGGAAGCUGCCGAGGAUGCCGCCAGGACUUCUCCUCCUCCUCCUCCUCACGCAAGCCUGGUACCUUCGGGUGCCGGCAAAUCUCCAGCCUCCCCUCCGGGAGGCAACACAAGUUUGGGGCGCGCGGCCCCUGAACCUUCCGAUCCCCGCGCGGAGGAGGAUUUCACUUCCCCUCCUGAAGUUGAAGACACCGGCGCCAACAACAUCGGCGCCGGUACCAAAGAAGCUGAGCGGGCGGAACCUCCGGUUCCCCCCACUCCAAAGAAGAAGAAGAAGAAGGCCACCGCCUCCCCCUCUAAAACUGUGCCAGAACCUUCCGCGCCGGCAACUGUCACCUCCUCCGGCACCUCCAACCGGCGAUGCUACUGCCGCCCUCGAGCCACCUCGCCCGGAAGGCGCUGCCUUUACCGCUCAGCAACUUGCUGCAGUGGUCACCGCGGCGGCCUCGCCACCUUCCGGCUCGCAGACGCUGGUGCUGCAUGCCGAUCGCGCUGUCGUUGCAGCCAACGAGAAGGCCUCAGCUCAGCUGGGCCGGAUCACUGA